AAAGCAUGGAUUUAGAAAUGAACCCGAGCCAAUACACUAAAUGCUAGGUAUCAGACUCGGUAUUGAGCGUGUAUAUACAAUUUAGAUUUUUUCUUUCAAUUCACACGAAAUAGAUAAAUAUAUAAAAACAUAUAUGCAUAUAAAGUAAGAAAUUGUUCAUAUUAGCUAGUAGUGAUUCCAGCUUGCUUCUAAAUAUCGAGAUGGAUUUGUUUGCAGACCUGCCUGCCCCUACGAGCAAUACAAACUCGGGCAGUAAAGACGAAUCCAGUGUGCAGAUCCGGGGCCAAAAGAGAUACCGGGACCCGGACGAAGAGGAUGAGGCGGAAAAGAAAGUUUGUAAAGGACUGGUGAAGCUGAAGGGUUUUGUGGCGGCCAGGCGUGGCGAGCGAGAAGAUAUGCAGGAUGCUCAUGUCAUUUUGCCGGACCUCCACGCGCAUGCUAAGACGCUGCCUGCACACGUGUCCAGGCUGGCGUACUUUGCUGUGUUUGACGGUCAUGGUGGUGCUCGAGCGUCUCAGUUUGCUGCAGAACAUCUGCAUCACACACUACUUAGCAAAUUUCCUAAAGGAGAAGUCGAAAAUCUGGACAAGCUGGUGAGGAAAUGUCUGCUCGACACGUUUCGCAACACAGACGAGGAAUUCCUGAAAAAAGCCUCUAGUCAGAAGCCAGUAUGGAAGGACGGCUCCACGGCUACAUGCAUGCUGGCCGUGGAUGAUGAUCUGUAUGUUGCCAAUCUGGGAGACAGCAGAGCAGUGUUGUGUCGUAUGGAGCACAAUGAGGACGGGGAGGAGAAGUGUGUAUCUGUGGCUCUCAGUAAAGAACACAAUCCCACCAUCUAUGAAGAGCGCAUGAGGAUACAGAGAGCAGGAGGAACUGUCCGAGAUGGCCGUGUGUUAGGCGUGUUAGAAGUUUCCCGCUCGAUCGGUGAUGGUCAGUAUAAACGCUGUGGAGUGAUUUCUACACCUGACCUGAGACGCUGUACACUCAGCCCAAAAGACAGGUUUGUGAUUCUGGCAUGCGAUGGACUUUUCAAAGUGUUCUCAGCAGACGGGGCUGUUCAGUUUGUCAACAAAUUUCUACAGGACGAGUCGGUGGAGACAAAGGAGGGCCAGACUGUGGAGGAGGCGCGGUACGAAGCCGCUUGUCAGAAACUGGCGACCGAGGCAGUGAGGCGAGGCUGCGCAGACAACGUCACAGUCAUCCUGAUCUCCAUUGAAUUCUGACACGUUUCUCUCUCACGCUCAUCAGCGGAGUGCUCGGCUUCGUGUUGCGUUCGAUUCAUCUCGAUGUGGACAUUUCUAAAAGACUUUGAUGCUGAGUGUUGGGAUUUUCAACUAAAUAAAAAUCCUUACGUUGUCCCAAA